AUCCAUUUCCUUUCUUAUUCCCAAUGGCCUAAAAAAACUUCAAGCGCAGCUCAUACCACAUGAGGCGGUGAGGCAGACAAUGACAGAACGCCGGCCGAGUCCGGAAGCCACGAGAUCGGGUCGCGUGGCGCAGAUCCGCGACUUCCUCAACUCCUCUAGCGAUGACUCGCCAAUCUCCGCGCGAGGCCAUGCCUUCCCGGGCCUCAUGGGCUCGCGUUCGACCUCCAACCUCGCCGCUCUGCGAACGCGCUCGUGGGUGAAUCGGAGGAAGAAUAGUAUUGGAGAGGAGCAUGGAGCCGUUCACCACCCCAUCCGACGCACCUCGGACAGCGAUGAAGAUCUGCCGGAACUCCAGAGCCGCGUGCUCACUUCGGCCGUCUCGCAUUGGGGCGGAGGGGAUCGAGAGGAAAUCAGGAGACAAAGUGUGCCGGCCAGUCUGGUUGCGCCUCAGAUGCGGAGUCAGAGGUUGAUCGGCAAUACCAAUCCGCGCUACCGAUGGGAGCAGUACUGGAAGACGGACGAGGAGUUGAAGAAGAUGAAGAAGCCGAUCAGGAAGUACUACGAGCGCACGAAUUACUUGAUCCAACAUUACCUGUACAUCGACCGGUUACUGGACAGCAGCUUACCGCACAACCUGAUUCAAGAAUACGACUAUACUACGGACGGGCAGGCAGGGCGAGCGACUUCAGCUGCGUUGAUCGGGCAGAAUGGUGUACCGGCGACGAUAUCCGAGGAGCCAUCGGUGGACGGCACCGAGACGCCGACUUCAGCGGUGGAAGGCAAUGGAGGCACAGGCAGGUUGAAGCGCACACCAAAGGACCUCUACCGGAUCAAGGACGACGAGACCACGCCUUUGCUUCCCAACGGCGGCAGCGUGAAAGCGAGCGAUGAGGAGCAACCUCUACCGCCAAUGCUCGAGCCGGAAGAGGAGGCGGGCUCGCAAUCACGUAUUGUGUCGAUUGCCAUCUACGUCAACCUCGUGGCCAACACCGUCCUGCUCAUCCUCAAGAUCAUCGUCGUGAUCAUGUCCUCCUCCGUCUCCGUCCUCGCGUCAUUGGUCGAUGCAGCACUAGACUUCUUGAGCACCGCCAUCGUCUGGACCACUACGCGCCUCAUCAGCCGCAAUGAUCAGUACUCCUAUCCCAUCGGACGACGGCGCCUCGAGCCCAUCGGCGUCCUCGUCUUCUCCAUCAUCAUGAUCUGCGCCUUCUUCCAAGUCGCGCAGGAGGGUGUCAACAAACUCCGGGGCGACGACCACACCCCAGUCCGCCUCACAAUCGCCGCCAUCGCAAUCAUGGCAGCCACGGUAGUAAUCAAAGGUCUCUGCUGGCUCUGGUGUCGCCUCAUCAAGAACAGCUCCGUGCAAGCGCUCGCACAAGACGCAAUGACCGACGUCGUCUUCAACAUCUUCUCCAUCAUCUUCCCGCUCGUCGGCUUCUACGCCAACCUCUGGUGGCUGGAUCCCCUCGGAGGCAUCCUGCUUUCCUUUUAUGUCAUGAUCAACUGGGGCCGCACGUCCGCCACGCACAUCAAGAACCUCACAGGUGCUGCGGCGUCGGCUGAUGAGCGGAAUAUCCUGCUCUACCUCACCAUGCGCUUCGCGAAAUCGAUCAAGAAGAUCCAAGGUCUGCAGGCAUAUCAUAGUGGCGACAAGCUCAACGUCGAGGUGGACAUUGUGCUAGAUGAGCACACCAAUCUGCGCGACUCGCACGAUCUGGGCGAGAGCUUGCAGUACGUGCUGGAGAGCGUACCGAAUGUCGACCGCGCGUUUGUGCAUAUGGAUUACCUCGACUACAAUCUGCCGAGUCAUCUGCAGCAGGAUUCAUGACGGCACGCAUGUUGAAAAUGUACUAUUACCCCUCUCAAUCACAAAAGACCUGCUCCAUUAGGGCCGUCAGGGCCACCGACCUCUACCGUGCCGAUUGCGUCUUCUCACAUACUCGGAAGCGUGAAAUUGUGUCACCCGUACCGACCGUUCGGGUCCUUAUCACCACAUGCACUGACAGUCCCACGCGCGGAUUAAAGAUAGCCACCUGCGGGUGUAACGGCGUGCUGCAGAUGCGCGAUAAGCUUACUCGGACUACAAGUGUGCAUUCACUCUAGAAUCAAUCGCCUUCGAGAUAGCCACACCAUCAUUACAUCCC